AGUUCCAGGCAGACCGUGAAUCUGAGAGCUUGGUGCGCGAUUGUCUGUAAGUUGUGAUCUGCGCGUGUUUCGGAUUUGCGACUGUGAAAGUGAACCGAUGAGUUUUCACGGAGAAUAUUUUCCCGGAAAAGGAUAUAUGGACAUUGUUUGAGGUGGCGGCUGUGGAUUUUAGUUUAUUUAUUGUCUUUUUGAGAAUUUAGAGUGAUUUUUUUGUGAUAUGGUUAUUUUGGGUAGAAGUUUAGUUCAACGAUAAACCUGAUUGAUGACUGAUUUUUACAUGGUGCUGGAACCUAGUAUGUUUCUAACCAGCGACCUGGACACGUUCCUGUGUAAGCAGGACUGGGAGCGACCGCUGGAUGAAGAAUUGGAGAAGCCACGGCGCGAUUCUGUACCUCAAAUCGAUGAUUUCUUCGAAGCCUCACACCACAAUAACAACAACAAUACUCCAAAUAACAACACUAGGCAUCAGGCGAUGAGUUACGUGUCCAUGAGGUCACUUCCAGGGGCAGACGAUGACGCUUUUUUACGACCGCCAGCGCUCUGGGAGGACAUCGCUAGCAGCAUACAAAACAUCGACCCGGAAAAUGCAAACAUGUUGGGAGUUAGUCCAGGACAUGUCAAGUUAGAAGCAGUCGAUGAUUUGACAGUAAGUUGCGGCGCCACGGCGCCGAGUCCGCUUCUGUCUCCUUUAGAAAUUAAAACAGAAAAGGUUCUCCAACAGUCCUGCCCGACGUUACAUCUACUCGGAACCCCCACCAGUCCGUACACGCAACCCCAACCGACUAGCCCCCAACAUCAUCCUCCCCACUAUCACCCCCAACAAGCGAUGCACCACCCCCAUAAUAACAACAACAACCAAUACAAAUACAACAAUGUGGCGGGGGCGCAAGCAGGGCCUGCUCCAGGCAACGCACUCUACCCCAUGCCCUCUAGACUAAUGUAUGUAUCCCCCUUGACGCCGCCAAGUUCAGAGCCCGGUUCACCAGGGGGGGCGUUGCCGCGCAGGACGCCUCCGCCCCCCUAUCCCGCCCCCGGAUGUCCGCAACAGACGCCGGCCGCCGCAGUGCCGCGGAUAAGUGGCGUCAAGUACAAUAGGAGGAAUAAUCCAGAAUUGGAGAAGAGAAGGAUACACCAUUGUGAUUUUAUAGGUUGUACGAAGGUUUAUACAAAAAGCUCACAUCUUAAAGCGCAUCAGAGAAUACAUACAGGAGAAAAGCCUUAUCAAUGCCAGUGGCCCGAAUGCGAAUGGCGAUUCGCACGAUCCGACGAGUUGACCCGUCAUUAUCGCAAGCACACGGGCGCCAAGCCAUUCAAAUGUGGUGUCUGUGAAAGGUCGUUUGCUCGAAGCGAUCAUCUAGCGCUACAUAUGAAACGCCAUCUACCGAAAACGGCCAAAUGAACAAAUUUCUGCCACUUUUAACGAUUAUUUUUUUUAUAUAUUUUAUUUAUGUCACAUCACACGAGCACAUUCCUUUAUUUAUGAUUCGAUUAGAAACUCAAGAUGAGCUUUGGAGAACCCAAAAAGGACGCAUAGUAUAUCAACAAGAUUAUAUAAAUCAAGUUUCUUAUAAGAAGAGAGUUAACUGUUGACGCUAUAUAUUUAUGUUUGAUAUUAAUAGAAUAUUUGAGUCGGAUGGGCAUACAGAGAAACUUUUACCAAGUUCAAAAAAAUGUAUAAUUAAUCGAAAUUAUCAAUCUUAAAACAUUCACCUAAACAACUAAGAUGAAAAAAGUGUUAUUUUUGGCAACAGAAAACAUUUUUCACAAGCCAGCUUCUGUGAUUCAAAAAUACAAAAAAAAUCUGUUUUUAAAAUCACUUAAGAAAACUUCCUAAUAUUGCCCAGAUCCCUAUUUAUGUAUAUUUGGUUUGUAUAUUUCAAUCCCUUGGCAGGGACUAGGAAUAUACCUAUAUUUCGGAAAUUUUGUUUCCCUUUGAGGAAACAGAACACCCACGAGAAAAGGUUAAAAUUAUACAAAAUUUAUAUUGUUCUCAGAUUGUUCCAUUGCGAUAAAACUAUAAAAGCUUUAAUCACAUAAUCGUUGGGAAUAACGACACAUUAUAACAUACACACUUUAUUUCACGUUUUGGCUUCAAAAUGGAAAGCCGCUUUCGAAAUAAACAUUUUUAAUUACAUAUACAGGGUGUUUCAUUCACAAUUGUCCAUAUCGUAACUUGAGAAAACUUAGCACAAAAUACGAAGAUUUAACCCAAAACACUUAAAUAAAAUAUUCUUCCUUACCGAGAUACAGAGUGUUUUAUUACAAAUGUUCUAAAAUGAUUUUAGCCCAUGGUUAAAGCACCUUUUAAUAUGUUUUUUUCAAGCUUGACACACAGUUUACACAUGCUAGGGUACUUUAACUAGUCUUAAAAGAUAGUUUUCCGCUGUUACCAGAGGCGUGCUGUAGGGAUAUAUACUUCCUUUUCGCCCCUUUUCCUCCCUUAUAAUCCACGCCACUGUCGUAAUAAUCAUCAUUUCAGCAUGUUUUUUUUUAUUCUUCUUUACUUUUUACGUAGAUACCAUUCGUGGUCUUAAUGCGAUAGAGUAAGUAGUUUUUAAGUUAUUUGCGUUUUAAUGUAAUGGAUUCAAUAAGAUUACAUAUUUAUUAUGUAUUUUAAACACAUAAUCUUAUUGAAUGUAGUUUAAAGUACAUAGUCUUAUGGAAUCCAUUAUAUUUAAACGCAAAUAACUUGAAAACUACUUACUUUAUCGCAAGGAGACAAAAUUAUUAUUACAACAGUGGCGUAGAUUGUGGAGAAAAAAGGAGCGAAAAUGGCGUAAUUUGUAAGUGGGGAAAGGGGAGAAAAGGAAGUAUAUAUCCCUACAGCACGCCUCUGGUAACAGUGGAAAACUAUCUUUUAAGACUAGUUAAAGUACCCUAACAUGUGCAAACUGUGUGUCAAGUUUGAACUACAAAAUAUUAAAAGGUGCUUGAACAAUGGGCUAAAAUUAUUUUAAAAUAUUUGUAAUAAAACACUCUGUAUCUCGGUAAGGAGGAAUAUUUUAUUAUUAUUGUGCGAAGGUUUCUCCAGUUACGAUAUGGACAAUUGUUAAUUAAACACCCUGUAUUCUCAAAUUUGUCGAGCGUACAAAUUUUAAAGUAGAUGUUCACUUGCCACAAUGAGGGGAGUAUUGGCUAUAACUACUGAUUGAAAAAUAAGUCGAGUAAAACUGUAUAAGCAGAUAAUUGUGAAGCAGAUAGUAAACAUCCGUAGCUCAGCGACAAGAUACUGACUUCGUAAGGCAGAGCGCAUGAGUUCGAAUCUCGACACCAACAACAUUUUCAUUUCUAAAAAUGAUACGUGCUUCGGAGGGAACGUUAAGCCGUCGAUAUUCCUGGGCUAAGUGUGAUCAUCGACACUAUUAGCUACUUCAAAUAGGGUUAAAGAUGCAAGUGGCGCCGGAAUCUGUCCGAAAGGAUCUCCCCGGCAAAAAUGACAUACCUACGAUAUUAUUAUUAGCAGGUAAUUAAAGAGGUUCAGCGGAUUUAUUUUUCACUUCUAAAACGACUUUGUAUGUGCGUACUGUAUACGAAUCUUGAAAUCUUUCACAUGGCUCUUACAUGCCAUGUUUGACUCAUGGCCGUUGCCAUGAGCAACGGCCUAGCUUAAGCCUCACACUACUGAAGAAUUACAUGUAAGUGUAAAGAAAUGUUGAGACCAUAAGGCUAAAUGGUUUACUCGAGAAAAUCGUCCAAAUUGGAAACUUGGUAAAUUUGAUCAUGAUCAUGAAAGUCGGAAACUUACCACCUCUUAUGUAACAUACAACUUUGUACAACUUGAAUAUGAUUUUCGUGGAAAUUAAGCUUGAACGUGUCAGAUGUAUCCAAUUUAUGAGAUUUUUUUUUCAAAUCGUUUGUUUGCUCAAAUAUAUAAAAAUAGUUUAAUAAAAAUAAUAGGGGAGGAAACCGAUUAUUGCGUUAUUUUUAAUUUCUUUUAUGGAAUAGCAUUGGUGUACAUUUGUACGACGUUUGACAAAUAGUACUUACACUAAAUACUAAUUUCUGAGAUAAAUUCUUCUUAGUAUGACCGUUGAUUGAAAUAUUAAUCAAUCAACGGUAUAACCUACCUGCCCAACCCUGUCAACAAAUGAUUCAGAUUUACUUAAGUAAGAACUGAUAGUAUUGUCAGUUAAUUUAACAUCUAUGAUUUCUUAAUCUGAAUAAUGGUCCUUGGGUCUCUAGAGCGUUAUUGAGUACGAACGAUCUCAACGUUUUAAAAACGUUAUAAUUUUUAAUGACAUUUGUUAAAGAAAAAGUUGUACCUCAUAUCAAUCUCGCUAUUUGCCUUUUAACAACUUGUGGCCUUUUCCAGUGUACUUAGAAAGAUGUUUUAUCAAUAUUAGAGUAUUUAUAACUUAGUAGAACUGUCUAACAGCGAAAAAUUAUCGUUUUAAAAAAGUUUCUGUCGAAACAUGGCUUUAUUAACAUUAUGCUUUGUAAAAUAAAAGGUAUUUAUAUUUAGGUAGAUGAAGUCUUAUAGAAGACCUUAAACUUAUCGCUGGAAAUAAGUACAUAAGUAGCUGAAAAUAAGCAACAUUUUUGCGUAUAUUUUGUUACGCCAAAACAAGAGCACUCAUCAAUUAUUCGUUAUAAACGAUACAUAUUUCAUUAAUUUUUUUAUGAAAUGAGAUUUAAAAUUACCCGUUAAUAUAAUACUUAGUAAAAAGGUCAAGGAGACAAUUAACCAGUUUUUCUUUUUGUAUAAAUAUUUUCAAUGGCGCAAUAACUUUCUGAACAUGUUACUUGACAAUAUAUAUCUAUUUAUUAUUUUUAUAAAACCUAUUCUUUCUAAAAAUCUAAAAAGUCUUUUGAAUAAUUUUAAAAUUUGAAUAUUCUUUUCAAUUAUCUAUUUUCAUCAUGUAUGUUCGUAAUUAUUAUAUCUUUUUUAUAUAUUAGAUAUAUUUUGGCAAUACCCCAGUUUUGCACGUUGCUCAUUUUUACCAUAUUAAACACUCUUUUCUCUUUAUUCUGUGAUGUAUUUUCUGAUGACAAAAUAUUCCCUAAAGAGAAUUGUUAAAAUAUACCACUUAACUAUAAAUAAAACCUAUUUACUCAAAAAGAGGUAGCUUCUUCUUCUUGUUUAGGUGCCGUGUCCCGUAUUCAGACAUUGGCAAUCAUCAUUUUUACGAGUUGUUGAAACCUUUCUCUAAUGACUGCUGCGCAAAAAUAAUCCUUCUACUGUGGAACCACACCAUUGUCUAACAUUACGCAAUCAAGAAAGUUUCUUUCGACCAAUCCAUCUCUUUCCCCCCACUUUUCCUUGUAUUAUAUGUAUAUUUCCUCUUUAUUAUGUUUAUGAGCAGACGUUCUGAAUUCAUCAUUUUGCUUGACGAACAUCUUCAUUGGAAGUGUGCGAAACCGACGAUAUAUUUAGGAUUCGCCGAUAGCCUCAUAAUUCGAAUGCUUCUAAUUUGUUUAGCAUUGUGGUUUUUAACAUCCAUGUCUCACAAUCAUACAAUAAAAUAGACCAUACAAAACAGUUCAAUACCUUCUUGCGAAUAUUCAUGGACAGGUUUCUGUUACACAGAACUGGUUUCCGGGUCAUAAAAGUCUUACGUGAUAUUUCGAUCAUGGUUAUUAUAUCUUCAUUAGAGUCAGAAUUUCCAUUUAAUAAGCUGCCAAGAUAUUUAAAUUGGUUUACCCGUUCUAUCUCUUCAUCACUAAGAGAAAGCAGACCUUGAUCUAUGUCAAUCUUUCCAACUUUCCUCCACUUUGUCUUUGAAAUAUUGUUUUAAAUGGUAGAGAUCAAGUCCUGCUGCCGGUAGGCAAUCCAAAAGUCUAUCGUGUUGUACUCGGUCGAAUGCUUUCUCGAAGUCGAUGAAACAAACAUAAACGUUCUUUCUGAACUCACAACUUUUCUGUAAGAGAAAGCAGAUACAGCAUAGUGUCUCUCUAGUUCCUAGGUACUAGACCAUCUCUAAAUCCCAAUUAUGCUUAUUACCCAUUCUACUUUCGCACAGAAAGAAUACUCGGUUUUGUAUAAUUCGUAAAAGUAUCUUAAGUUCGUCACUCAUCAAACUGAUUAGCCUAAAAUCGCUGCAUUUGGUGGGCCUGCUUUUCUUUAGUAAUGUUAUAAACAGUGACUCCAACCAAUCAUCUAGUAUUUUUCUUUAGUUGUAAAUUUUGUUAAAGAGAGUAGUUAAGUAGGUAAUGUUUUCCUCAUUAAAAAGUUUAAGUAUCUCAGCAGGGAUUUGAUCUGGUCUAGGUGUUUUAUUGUUUUUGGCUUGCUGUAUCGCUUUUCUGACUUCCGAUUUCAGUAUAGUGGGACCUCUGUCUAACUGGUUGCCACAGGUAGUAUUGGAACAUUUUCUCGAGAAACAUAGUCAGAAAGGUCACUGAUGUAUCUCUCCCAGUCUUUGCACUGUUUUUCGUGAUCCAAACAUCCAGUUUUUCGAUCUACAUUAUCUAAAUUUGCGAUCUAAAAAAAGGUUAAAAACUGUACUAAUAUUCAUAUCACGUAAUAGUAACUGGUUAAUAAACAUUUGACUUUGACAAUCUUUCAUAACGCUCUCUAGUAUUUAUUUUAAAUAAUAUCGCUUUAAUAAAAAAUGUGUUCAUUGUUUUUGAGCUUAAUUUAUCCAUAGGUGCUAUCUAACUAGAUAUAAAAUGUAAAUGAUACCCUCAGUAUGGCCCUUCAUCUAACAAUCCGUCCAUUUGUAGUUCUAUAUACUUGAUUUAAAGUUGGUUGAUAGUACAAAGGGGACGAUAUAUGUAUACAUAUCCCAACAAUUUUGUUGUUAGACAGUUUCUUAAUAUAAGAAUAUGUGAUUUUCUUCGAGAUAUUCCAUAUUUACAGUGUGAUAUUUUAUUCUGUAGCAGCUUUAAAAGAAAAUACACAAAUAUCAGACUGUAAAUUCAGACAUUUUUAUUUAGAAAUAUACAGUGUUCAAAAUAGUUAAUGGAACAUUUUGAAAUCUGUUUUAAAAUUCAAUUAAGCAAGUAGUGUAUGUAGGAAAAUACAGAAACAAUACUAAUUUUGCUUUACAUACAAAAUUAAAGGUAUCGAUUUAAUAAAAAAAAAUAGUUUCGGAUCCCGCAAACCAAAUAAAAGAUUAUUAAUAGCAAGCUGAAAAUUUGUUCAUAGUUAAACAGUGUCGAGUCGGACACUUUGAUGUAUGGGAACACUGGAACAGGGGAAUAUUUAAUUCUAGAACGUGAUAAACGUGUCAUCCUGACAAGUUUAUGAUUGUGAAAAAUAGCAGGCUGUUUUUAAGUUUAUUCAAUAGCCAACGUUAAUAUAAUAUACGAAAAAAUAUUUGUCCGACAAAAAAAAUGUUGGGCAUUCUAACCAGUCCGACACGUAGAACAUAUCAAAUGACAGGAAUUAUGUUGCUGAUAAGUAGCAGUCUGAUUUUUGCAUGAGAGUUUAAUGAAAGGGUAAAAAAUCAAUUGGAAGUUCUGUCCGACAAAAUUUAUGGGAAAUUUUCGUACGCCGACGUUCGAAACCUGUAAGAUACAGUAUGCGGCAAAAUAAACAGUACUGAAAUCAAUAUUUAAAUAAUGUUUAAGCCUAUUUAUAUAUCUAGCAUACAUGAUAUAGCCUUGCAAAAAAUAUUCACGACGACGCACGUUCCCGAUAAACCAGAUGUUAAAGAUGCCCUCUGGCUAGUGUCGGAUCUACGGGGAGGGAAAAUGAGGAAAUUUCCUCCCCUAAAAAGGUCCAAAAUUAAAGAAAAAAAUUGUUCAAACGUGAAAAUAUAUUAGCUGACAUGAAACUGAAACCACAGAAAGACAAAUUCAACCCAAUAAACACGCUAGUUAGAAAAAUUAAGGGAACUUAAUGCCUAUAAGUUAUUAUUUAUGUUUUAUGUAAUUCGAGUUUAUAUUUUUAUAUCUUUUGGUUGGUUUUUCUUUGGAAGUUCCCCCUAAGGCAAAUUUCCCCUACCAAGAUAAAUUUCUAGAUCCGCCACUGCCUUUGACACGAAAAAAUCUUUAAUUCUAGUCCGAAAUUCAGAAAUGGCUGAAGGUGGAUCUGUUUGAUUCCUUUCACAUUCCCCAUAUGUACGCAUCUGGUGGCGUUAAUUCUGGUGAGUGGCAACUCCCAAAAUGAUCACGCAGUGUUCGAAAAAACUUCCUGGCACUGUGACAGGUUGUCCCGUCCUGCUGAAACCAUUGUUGAUUUUAUGCUUGGACGGCUUUCGUGACCUAUUCCGUAUUACCCAAAAUAGUACUCCACCAUAAAAAUUUUUUCUGAAAAACUGAGAACCAUUCUGAAGCACCUAACAUUAUCAUGGCAUUCACAUACGUUAUAACGACGCUUUGAAACCACUCAGUACGUUUUGACGCCCGAUACAUACAAAUUUCAGGAGUACGAAUUUCAGUACUGUUUAUUUUGCCGCAUACCGUAUAUGUAGACUGUAGACAGUUACUCUGCCGAAAAAGCUGUAGUGACAUAAUUAUAAUAAAUUUUGUGGAAGUUAAUCAGAGGUAUAUUACAUUCAAUUAAAAUGUACACAUACUUUAGGGAUUUUAAACUGAAACACGCCAAGGCAGAGUUAUAAGAUAGUUGAAUUAGUAUUGAUCUGAAAGUAAAAUGUCAUUUGUUCUCAAAAAGUACCUAGUGAAUAAAAUGUUAUUAUGUGGUUACCAAACAUGUUCCUUUAAUUAUUUUAACUAAUGUAGUUAUGGAUUUUUACAUUUGUAAAAAGAGAAAGAAUUAAUGAUUUUGGUUGUGAAAUAUUUGUUAUUGGUGCCCGUUUCAUUUGAAAGGUAUGCACCUUUGUAAUUAUUUUUAUUCGUGCUAUGUACAUUAUUCAUUUCUGUAUGUAUUUCUUUUACAUUGCCAUCGGUUUACCCACAUAUGUGAUUUUUUUAGAUGUUACUUUUGGCAUACUAGGUAAGCCAUUUAAGGGUUAUAAUCAUUUUUGGUUAGAUAUGUAUUUAUGUAGAGAGAUACUCGUUUAUUUUCGUUAUAGACCAGGGCGCAUCUGUAAAAAUAUUAGUACAUUUGGACGUUGAGAGGUGACUCAAAUUUUUUUGCAGAAAUUGCUUGAAAAUAACUCAAAUAAUAAUAUUUGAGUUAUCCUCCCAUUCAAAAAGGUCCGGAACAUUGUUUAAAUAAUCAAAAUGUCAAAAAAUUAAGAAAAAAUUCGAUUUUUUUCUUCGUUUUUGAUUAUAACUUUAAAAGUAUUCAUUUCCGAGAAAAGUUGUACUGACAUAAAAGUGGCGUAAUUAAAUUUUCUACAAUAUAGAAUUGGUUAAAAAUUUAAAAAAUAGUCACCAUUGUUACAAAAUAGCAAUAAUUGCGAAAAAGCCAUACAAAAACAAGUAUUCGAAUUUUACGUUUUUCAACUAUUUAUGCUACACUUAGGACCUUCAUAUUUUACCCAGAAAAACUUUAUAAUACAGUAAAACAAUACUGUAAAUUUAAUUAGGAUCGGUUCAAGAGAUUUUGCAAUCCAGCUUUCGCAAAAAAAAUUCAUUUUUUUAAAAUGUAACAGGACUGAACAUAAAGCAGAUAGCUAGUUGAAUUUUUUUUGCUUGUAGAAGUGUACUGUACCUUUCAAUUGAAAUUAGCAAAUUUAAAAUCGGUUAACUACCACGGCGUUAGGAAUUUUUUUUAAAUAAACAUUAAUUAUUUGUGCUACGCGCAGGACAGCGGAUAGUUUGCUCUGAUUGGGCAUUCCAAUGACCUUUGAUAAUGAUUGAUACAUUUUAAUUUUUAUUACAUUUCGAUAUAAAUAAAUAAAUUUGUUUUUUGCAAAAUAAAGACACUUACUCUAUCCUUUGAAAUAACACUUUUUUUAGCAAAAACUUUCUUUGUUCAUAUAUUUUAACUUAGAGAAUAAAAGUUUAUUAUUUUUAGACAUAUGCAAUUGUUUAAACAAUAUUUCACAAACAAUAAUAAAAUUAGUUUGAUUUUUGUGGAAUUAAAAUAUUAAAUUACAACAAAAUAUAGAGUAAGAAAAUAAUAUCUUAGAUAAAGAUUGGAAGAAAUUUUGAUGGAAAUCAACUUGUGUGAAUCGAACACCGCUGUCCUGCGCGCAGCACCAAAAAAUAAUGUUUAUUUAACAAAUUUCCUGACGCCGUGGUUAUUAAUAUAUUUUAAUUUUGCAAAUUGCAAAUGAAAGGUACAGUACACUUCUAUAAACAAAAAAAUAUUCAACUUGCUAUCUGCUUUAUUUUCAGUCCUGCAACAUUUUAAAAAAAUUAAUUUUUUUUGCGAAAGCUGGAUUGCAAAAUCUAUUUUGCAAAAUCUAUUAAACCGACCUUAAUAAAAUUUACAGUGCUGUUUUACUAUAUCAUAAAGUUUUUCUGAGUAAAAUAUGAAGGUCCUAAGUGUAGCAUAAAUGGUUGAAAAAAGUAAAAUGCGAAUACUUGUUUUUGUAUGGUUUUUUCCGCAAUUAUUGCUAUUUUUCAAUAAGGGUGACGUUUUUUUAAAUUAUUAACCCAUUUUAUAUUGUAGGAAAUUUAAUUACGCAACUUUUAUGUCAGUACAACUUUUCUCAGAAAUGAAUACAUAUUUUUAAAGUUAUAAUCAAAAAACCAAUUAAAAAAUCUAAUUUUUCCUUCAUAUUUUGACAUUUUGAUUAUUUAAACAAUGUACCGGACCAUUUUGAGUGGGAGGAUAAUUCAAAUAUUAUUAUUUGAGUUAUUUUCAAGCAAUUUCUGCAAAAAAAUUUGAGUCACCUCUCAACGUCCAUCUCAAAACAGAUGCGCCCUGGACUAUUAACUGUUUUGGUAUUUUUUACUGUUUUAUAUAUCAGAUAAACAUAUUUACAUCAUUCCCAUUUAUAGACGAUUUUUACAUUUUAGUGUUAGCCGGAAGAUGCCAUAAUAUAAUUUUUUCGAUACAAAACUAAUGUACCUACCUAAUACUGUUAGUUACUAGAGACUGUAAAACUCACGAGUUUGAAGUUACAUUUUAAAACCUAACAAUAAACAUUUAAGACGUAUAUAACGGUAGAAGAUAACAAAAUUAAUUCUCCAGAAAAAAUAAUUUCGAAUUAAAACUUAAGCGGCUUACCUAACAUGUAUUAAACUGGCAUACAUUUUUUCUUCAAUUGUUGUCUAUUUUAUCCAAAAAAAUGAGAGCCAAAUUGAUGUCGUUCAUUCCUUGGUUAACUUAUAAGUAAACUAUACAUGUAUUUUUUCCAAAUUGUAAUACAUAGACAGGUAGUAAUUAAAGAAGAUAUUGCAUUUGAAAACUGACUGCAUUAAUUUAAUCGUUGAUGUUAAUAUUUUGGAAAGAAAAUAUGGUUUUUAUAUAGAUAUUUCAUAUUUGUAUAUUCCUACAGAUUUUUAAAUCCAAAUGUUAUUCGAAUACAGACAUCAAUGUAGUUGUUUUCCUUGUUCCGGAAUUUUGGAGUGAGUACCUAGUUAUUUACAAGUCAUUCUCUCAUAUAUGAUUUUCUCGCGAUAUCAUUAAAUAAGGUUUUCGUAGUCUCUAUGUUUUUUCGGUUUUCUGUAAAUCUUAUAUGUUCUAAGAGACACCUUAAGGUUUUUUUUUUGUUUCAGACAUCGCCAUCAUCCGUUUACGUACGUUUUUUCCCAUUGGAAUCGUCAGAACGGUCCAUGAUGUCCUCUGAAUUAAUAAUAAUAGCGUAUUAGUUUGCUAACUAGACAGCUGGAUUUAGUUUGAACUCAGAGCACACCACGGGUCGUUUUGACGAUUCCAAGAUGAAGAAACGUACGUAAACGUGGGAUGGUGAUCGUCUCUGAAGCAAAUUAAAUAUUAAGCUGUCUCUCAUUACCUUAGUUCUACUCACAGUUUGAGUACUAGAAAGCAAAAAUUCGAUAGAUUUUUACCUAGAUAAAUAGACGGUUUGUGGAAUGCAUAUUGUAUAUUUCCCCAUGUCUAUUAUUUAUCGUUCUGUUUGCUUUUCAAAUUGUAGAAGGCUCGGAUUUCAGAUUGUUACCAUAAUUUUGCAGAAUUGUAUGGAGUUAAUGUAAUGUAUUUGACUGUAACAUAUUAUGUCUCGACUGCCCUUCCUUUCAUCCUAUACAAAUUUUUAACAGAUGUGCGUGAAAGAUAAUGAAUAUGAGUAACGCCAUCAGUUGAUUACGUCCAUCAUUGUAAUUUUUAAUACUUGCAUAUUCUUUCUGCAUAGUAGUUUAGUUGUUGGUGUAACUUUUUUACACCUUUGUUAUUCGUCAAGAUAUUCGUCUUUACUUUCAGAUUGCUUUAUAUUUUAAACUAAAAUAAUGCGGACUGAUCCAAGCUUUUAAGUGCAUCCUUGUAGUAAAGUGGGUAUCCUGACUAUAUAAGAACUAUGGUUCAUUUAUAAAUUCCAAAAUAUCAAAAUCACACCAAAUUAUACGUUUAAAACAACUUAUUUGUUACUGUCACCUGCCAGUUUUUAAAGUGUACAAGCCCAUACCAAUAAUUCUUGUACUCUUAUCAUAUACGUGUUCGGUAUAUGAAAGUUACCAAAUAUGUACACUGAAUUUAACUUUUUGUACAUAAAAGCAAAAAACUGACUAGAUCCUAGUCCAGUAAUUCUGAUAUUUGUAAUUACGUGUAAGUUUAAAACUGCUAUGCAUAUCUAGUGUAUUUAUAUUCUUUAUCAUAAGUAUUAUAUAUAGAAAACUACCAACUUCUGGAAGAGAUUUAUGCAGUUCAUUAAUAUUGAGACAUAAUUAGCACAAUAAAUAUGUGUCUGCUUUAUAUUUUUUUAUUUCAAGAUAGACCCGUUAUCUUAUGUUCAUUGACAAUAGUCAUUACAUCAUAUACCAAUUACUAGGAUAAUAAAAGAUACAAAAUAUAAAACUGUUUAAAAAUAUAACUGAAAAUGUUUUUGACCAACUCAGAGGCAUUUGAAGAGUGUGGUCAAACAAGGCAUUGAACUAUCUUUUAAUUUCUUACCUUUCAUAAAAUGUGCUUGUUUUUAAUUUAUAAAAUAAUGUCUUGAAACUGAAAUGAAACUGCAUAAUACAUUUCCUUAGAGUUGUAUAGAGCGGACGUAAAUUUUCUAUUAACAUUAAUUUGAACUUUAUUUUCUAUUUAAAUGAAUAUAGAGCAAGCUAGAGUACACAUAAAUGUAGUUAAACAUUGUUUUUAUUUUUUAAUUUUGUAUAAUUUUCUUUUUAAUACAAGUUUAUUUUUACCA